GAGUUGUUUGGACUUCACGUGGGGAAAACAAAUUUAUUUCAGUAAAAAAGCAACAAAAACAACAAGAAACUGAUAAAAUGUCAAGCGCCGGGGACUGGUGUUUGAUUGAAAGUGACCCAGGCGUUUUUACAGAGUUAAUCAAAGGCUUUGGUUGUGAAGGUGUGCAAGUGGAGGAGAUAUGGAGCUUGGAUGAAGAAACACUGAAAGAUUUAAAACCUGUUCACGGAUUGAUAUUUCUGUUUAAAUGGGUACCAGACACAGAGCCAGAUGGUUCCAUUGUUCAAGAUAGUCGGCUGGAGAAGAUAUUCUUUGCUAAACAGGUUAUUAAUAAUGCUUGCGCAACACAGGCCAUCCUUAGUAUAUUAUUAAAUUGUAGUCAUCCAGAUCUUACCUUGGGAGAGACUCUCUCAUCCUUCAAAGAAUUUUCACAGAACUUUGACCCUGCUCUACGAGGGCUCAGUCUAAGUAACUCCGAUAUUAUCAAACAAGUGCACAACAGCUUCUCAAGACAGCAAAUGUUUGAGUUUGAUGAGAAACAAGCAAAGAAAGACGACGAUGUGUUCCAUUUUGUAAGUUACAUCCCCAUAGAUGGUAGAUUAUACGAGCUGGAUGGUCUUAAAGAUGGGCCAAUAGAUCUAGGUGCUGUACCAGAGGGCUCAGACUGGUUGGACCUUGUUAAACCUGUUCUUGAAAAACGCAUGCAAAAGUACAGUGCUGGUGAAAUCCAUUUUAACCUCAUGGCUUUAGUUUCUGAUAGAAAAGCAUGUUAUGAAAAGAGAUUACAAGAAUUAUUUGCUCAAACAGAGACAGGCGGUAUGGAGACAGAUUUAGUAAAGUCACAGAUAAGUCAGUUACAGAUGUUAGUUGCUGAUGAGGAGAGAAAGAUGAAAAAAUAUAAGAUAGAAAAUAUCCGUAGAAAACACAAUUACCUCCCUUUCAUAAUGGAAUUGUUGAAGAUAUUGUCAGAAAAGGGGCAGUUGCUACCACUAGUCGAGAAGGCUAAAGAAAAAGCAGAAAAAAGGAAAGAAGAAAAAGUGAAAGCAAAAUAAACCAGUUAGCAGUUUUCACAAUCAAGGGAACAAUGGUACAGGCAUGUCUGGCAGAGUUUAAGGUGAUGACUAUGAAACAUAUUGUGGUAUAACAGAAUGAGAGAUUUUUAAACUUUACUCUCAGUUCUUCAGAUGCUAUAUUCUCACGGAUAUCAGGCCCUUGGGAACAUACAAGCUGCCGUUGUUGCAUUUCUCAAAUGACAUAACAGUGACAGUGGAGAUGUCACAUGACAAAAACAUGGAAAAAAAAUCUAUAAAAAAAUGGAGGGGGGGGGGGUGUCAAAAAAAAAAUAAUGUUGCAUAAUGGAAUGACAGUUUGGUUCACUACAUUGGUAUUUUUCUUAAAUAACAUAACAGUGGAACAUAUAUUCUCUCACAUAACAAAAAUGUACAAAGAAUAGAUUUCAAAUUUAUUACAAAAACAAACCAACAUAUUUAAGUACAACAGAAUGACAGAUCUCUCACUGAUUAUUAAGACCCUGCUUUAAAUCUAUUAAAAAUCUUGACAUGAAAUCAUAUGUGGAAUUUUAAACUUGCCAUUUAUGAAAGACAAUUUAUUAUAAUCUGGAAAGUUUCCUAAUAAAACAGAUUUUCUACACAGGGAAAAUGGGGCUAACAGUUUGUUUAAGGGUAUGCCAUUUCAAAAAUGAUAUUUCAUAUAAAUUGUAUUAACAAUAAGAUACAGUUGAAGAUUUUUGAAAGAGUGAUAACAAAAAUGUCUCUGUUACUUUACACACAUAGAUAUUGUAUGUUAACAGAAAGACAAAAUGAGCCGCGUCAUGACAAAACCAACAUAAUGGGUUUGCAACCAGCAUGGAUCCAGACCAGCCUGCGCAUUCGCGCAGUCUGAUCAGGAUCUAUGCUGUUCGCUAUCAGUUUCUUUACUUGUAAUAGGGUUUGUAAGCGAACAGCAUGGAUUCUGAUCAGCCUGGAUCCAUGCUGGUCGCAAACGCAUUACAUUGGUUUUGUCGUGACGCGGCUCAAGUGUUCUGCAAAAAAGCAUUAUGCUGCUAUUUAAAGGAGGGUUUAGAACCUUUUAGCAUUGAUUUCAAGCAUGCACCUUUCACUCUGAUGGAAGUAUACACUCUUAUUACUAAAAUAUAAGUUUAAAUUGUCUGUUUUCAAUAUUCAAACAGUAAUUUUGUAAACUAAAGGCAGCAAAUAUAUAGCUUUUAUACACUUGAAAUAUACAUGUAGUUAAAAGGUGUAAUGGGGAAAUGGACAAAAGCUCUACCGGACAAAAGCCCUCCCAUCCAAAAAUGACAAGGCGGACAAAAGCCCUCCCAUCCAAAAAUGACAGGGCCUACAAAAGCCCUCCCGUGAAAGUAACUUUUUGUUAUUUUAAACUUUUUUUCAGCAUUUAUUAAUCUUUGAAUUUCAAAUAGGAGUAAUCCCUUUAUAUUGACCACUUACAGAUUUUAGCAUUUAUUAUUCAGAUGCAUGCUCAUAUAAAUGGAAACAAAAAUUUCAUGAUUACAGUUUUAAUAUGUUAAAUGCAUUGAAAAGAAAAUACAAAUUAUUCAACAUUCAUACAUGUAUUUGAUGAAGGAGGGCUUUUGUCUGCCCAGUCACUUUUACGCAGGAGGGCUUUUGUCCGCACUGCCAUUUUCACAGGAGGGCUUUUGUCCGCCUUGUCAUUUUUGGAAAGGAGGGUUUUUGUCCUGGAGGGCUUUUGUCCUACACUCGGUAUAAUGGUGGGUUUGUUUGGAUUUUUAAAAGAAGCUUGAUAAAUAAUUAAUAUCUGUUGUUCCAUUUUAUAUAAACAUUUCAAUAUUCUUUGGAAUUGAAAAAUGUACCAAUUAUACCAAUUACUUCAAGUCAAUUCCAUGAACAAUUAUAGGCUUAAAAGUUCAGUCUUGCUAAAAUGUAUUUAUUAAAUGAAAAAAAUGUUUUAGAUAUUUUAAUUGUUGUAAGAAAGUUAUCGAUUGAAUAAAAUGAAAUGAAUUCGUUAAAUAA